UUCUUCUUAUUCUUCUCCUCUCUCACACAGUUCAUUUUUCUCUACUUGUUUUUUCCCCCCAAUUCAUUCAUCGAUCAACCCUCUCAACAAUUCUUCAAAUCUCUUCAUUCUAUUCCCUACCCUUUUCUCCUUCGCCCAAAAAGAUUGCAACUUUGUUUCUGGGGUUUUGUUUCCCUCACUCUUCAUCACCAAAUUCCUUGCUUGUUGGUGAAAGAAAACAGUGGAUUUUUGUGGGCUGAGGGGUUUGGGAACUGCGAUUGAUUUGCAGGUCACAUCCAUGUACUUGUUCUUGGGUUUGCUUUGAAGCCAAGGUAUCUUUUAAUAAAGUUUCUGGACAAGUGGGAUCGGAUGUGUAGUAUGUGCCAUCAUUGUGGUGCAGGCUUGAUGGAAUCAAAUGUAGAUGACAAGAAACAGGGUAAUGAGAGUAGUGUAGCGAUUGGUAAAGUUCCCAUCAAACCUUGUAAAUUCUGUGGAGAGAAGCUAGGGCAUGAAAAUACGAAAUGGAAUAGUACAAGUCCAUAUGCGACACCACUUAUCAGUCCGACUGUAUCAUUGUCAAGUACUGGUAGCUGUGUGUCCACUUGCAGUGAAUUUUCAGUUGAUUUGAACUCAUUUGACAGGUAUAGUCGAGAAGAAAAGACAGUUGAAAGUGUCACGGAAGGUCGUGAUAAUAAGUUGAAUGGGGAUUCUCAAAAUGUGAUGGAAAACAACUCCCGAGAAAGCAAUAAUGACAACCAGGGUUACACACUGAGAGAUGUGGAGAUUGCACAAGGACAUAGCUUUCAAGAAGCAAAAGCUGAUGGUUCUGAAAAUCCUACGACAUCUUCUGCCGAAGAAACUGAAUAUUCUCUUCCUGAUGAUUUGGACAUCCAAACUUGGGAACUUCCUGAGCCAGAAAACCCACAGGAUGAUCUGGACAAUAAUGUGACUUUUAAUGACGACGAUGAUGAAGACCAGGGCAUUGGGAUUGCUAACUUGGGUGAGCCAACUUCUAUGAGUAAUUCUAAAGAUGAAUUAAGUAGGAGCUGUAGCUUCAAAGAGGAAAAACAAAGAGCAAUGGAAGAAGUAAUGAAUGGAAAAUUCAAGGCACUUGUAGGUCAGCUUCUUAAAUCUGUGGGAGUUUCCUCUUCUGAUGGUGAUAAGAGUUGGGCGGACAUAGUUACAUCUUUAUCUUGGGAAGCUGCGUCUUUUUUGAAGCCUGGUGCCAUUGGAGGUAAUGCAAUGAAUCCUGAUGGAUAUGUUAAAGUGAAAUGCAUUGCAGCUGGUUCCCGCAGCCAAAGUCAACUUUUCAAAGGUUUGGUCUUCAAAAAACAUGCUGCUCACAAGCAUAUGCCAACAAAGUACAAAGGUCCAAGAUUGUUACUGAUCAGCGGCGCGCUUGGCCAUUCUAUCAAUGGGCUGUCCUCAUUUGACUCCAUGGACCAGGAGAAGGACUAUCUUAAAUCUAAAAUGGAUCUUAUAGAAAUGUGCCAUCCAAAUGUUAUAUUAGUGGAGAAAACUGUUUCUCGUGAUAUACAAGAGUCAAUUUUGGCGAAGGGAAUGACACUUGUACUUGAUAUGAAGCUUCAUCGUCUGGAAAGAAUUGCACGUUGUACUGGUUCACCAAUCCUAUCGUGUGAUAAUUUGAACAGUCAAAAGCUGAGACACUGCGACUCCAUUUAUUUUGAGAAGUUUGUGGAGGAACAUGAUGGUGUUGGUGAAGGAGGCAAAAGGUCCGUCAAGACUUUAAUGUUCAUUGAGGGAUGCCCUACACGUUUGGGUUGUACGAUUUUGCUGAAAGGAACACACAGUGAUGAACUUAAGAGGAUCAAAUGUGUCAUGCGAUGUGCCGUUAUCAUGGCAUAUCACUUAAUCCUCGAAACCUCCUUUGUUGUUGAUCAAAAAGCAAUGUUCUCUACCAUUCCUUCUGUGAAUGUAGCAGAUAUCUUGCCAACCAAUCAAGAAUCCCAUGAUUCAGCAUCAACUAAUUCAAGUAUUCCAUCUCUCGAGUAUUCUGCUGAAAAUGGAAUAAUUAGUACUGAUAUUCCCAUACGCAGUGGACUUGAUGAAAAAAGCACCGAUGGAUUGAACUUGGAAUCGGAAGGGUUUUCUCCAUUUUCUCAUGAACCAUAUAAUCCAGCUGUCCUUUCUGGGUUGUCAGCUAUUUCAUCAUCUCUGAAGAAAGUUGUGGGGGACAGUUUCCCCUUUCCAUCUUCUGCUCCUUAUGCGUCUCUAUCAGCAUACUUUGGCUUCAAUGGAAGGAAACCUGAUGAUGAAGUCACCAAAUCAGUUUCUAUUUUGGACUCUGUGGAGGCAGAUGAAAAUACCAGUAUUGAAGUGAAAAAUCAUUCUAAUGAAGUGAAGUUACUUAAUGGUGGUCAAUCCCUGUCUUUGCCUGUGAACUUAGAUUCGAAUGAGAAUGCAAGUAAAGAUGAUGAUAAUGGUAGAAGUGAACUGCAAAGCAAAGAUGAUAUCAAUUCGGUGUUGGAUUCUCAGAGUAUUUUGGUUUUGAUGUCUAGCCGGAAUGCCUUAAGAGGGAAUGUAUGCCUGCAAAGUCAUUUUUCUCGUAUUAUGUUCUACAAGAAUUUUGAUAUUCCACUUGGAAAGUUUCUGCAGGAUAAUCUACUCAAUCAGACAAGACUUUGUGAGACCUGUCAAGAACCGCCCGAAGCUCACUUCUAUUAUUAUGCUCAUCACAACAAACAACUCACUAUACAAGUUAAACAAUUGCCCCUCGGAACUUUUUUACCUGGGGAGGCAGAAGGUAAAAUUUGGAUGUGGAGCCGUUGUGGAAAAUGCAAGUCUUGUUCUACAAAGAGAGUGUUGAUAUCCACCACUGCUCGUAGUCUAUCAUUUGGAAAGUUUUUGGAGCUUAGCCUUUCUCACUACUCUUCUGGCAGAAAAUUGAGUUGUGGCCAUUUUCUUGAUAGAGAUUUUCUCUACUUCUUUGGACUGGGUCACAUGGUUGCUCUGUUCAGAUAUUCUUCUGUCACUACUUAUACUGUGUCAAUGCCUCCUCAAAAGCUUGAGUUCAACUGUGCAAUUCGGCAAGAGUGGCUUUUGAAAGAGAUCCAGAAUGUAUACACGAAAGGCAUAUCACUAUUUACUGAAGUUGCAAACUGUUUGAAGACAGUACAAUUUGAUGGAUCAGCUACCUUCACCCUUGGAGGACCAAUAGAAAAGUUCUCUGAGGUUGAAAAGAUGUUAAAGCAAGAGCGAGAAGGGUUUGAGGCAACUAUCAAGAAUGCUGUUGCUAAGAUUGGUGAUUCAGACCGGGCUGCCUUCCAACUUCUCAGUCUAAACCGAUUGAUGUGGGAUCUUCUUGUAGAGUCAUGUGUAUGGGGUCGACGCUUAUGCUCAUUACACUCGCUUGAUCAUUUAAGAAUUGAAUCCAAUGUCUCUGAGAAAGUUGUACAAGAGCAUAGUCACUCAAAGGUGGAAGGUACUGCUGGUAGAGAAAAUAGUUCUGUGGAUAAUUUUGUGGAAGAUGACAAUCUUAGUGGGGGUGGCAAUAUAAAAACAUCAGUCACAUCUGUGGAAGGAAAUGAUCUUCAAAUAAAGGAAAUUCCUAUUAGUGGACAUCUUCCUGAAUGUAAUGAACAGGAUGAUGAUUUGAGAUCAAAGAGAUCGUGUGACCAAAAUUUGAAUCUGAGUCUAGAUGUUGCAGCAGAUGCUACUCUCCUGGAAAAGGAUUUUGCUAAUUUGAAUAAUCAAGUACAUGAAAAUUUCCCAGUUGCCACAAAUAUUCAAACUACUCUUCCAAGUGCUGAUUUGAAGGUAUUAAACAGGAGUGCUUCACCGCAUUCACCUAUUUCCAACUUGCAGGAUUCAAAUGAGUGGUUUUGGAAACCAUUUUCUGACAUUUGGCAGAUAGGUGUUAGGGAAUUCCAGAGAAGAUUCUUUCAAAAAUUUGAAGCUGUAAGCAGUUCUAUUACAGAAUAUCUACCCACAGCAAGUCAAUUUAUCACUGAGGAAGGUACAAGGUUGCACAUCCCUCUCAAGUCAGAUAAUCAUAUCAUGUCUGACUUUGAGGGAGAACUCUCAAGCAUAAUUGCUUGUGCACUAGCUUUGUUGAAAGAUUCGUCUGAGGUGACAGAAGUUGAUGAGGAUGUGAGGAGAGAAAGUGAAAUAGCUGCUUCAAAAUCAAUGGAAAGUUCUUCAGAUUCAGAUUCUGCUCAGUCUACAGUAACCAGUUCUUCAGAAGAUUCGCGAGCUUCUCGUGCUGCAGAUAACCAUAGCAUAGAGAUUCCUAUGGGUUAUGCAAAAUCACUUGGCAGGGAAAAAUAUUCAGUAACAUGCCAUUUUGCAAAGCAGUUCCGUGAGCUAAGAAGUUGGUGUUGCCCAUCUGAGCUUGAUUAUAUUGCUUCUUUAAGCCGCUGUAGGAAUUGGGAUGCCCAAGGUGGAAAAAGUAAGUCGUUUUUUGCAAAAACUCUUGAUGACAGGCUCAUCAUUAAGGAAAUCAAGAAGACAGAACUUGAAUCAUUUUUGGGGUUUUCUUCUCUGUAUUUCAAACACAUGAGAGAGUCAUUUGGGUCUGGAAGCCAAACAUGCCUUGCCAAAGUUUUGGGGAUAUAUCAGGUUACUAAAAGACACAUCAGAAGUGGAAAAGAGGUUAAACAAGACCUCAUGGUGAUGGAAAAUCUUACCUACAAUCGAAAUAUUACUCGCCAGUAUGAUCUUAAAGGUGCUCUUUUUGCUCGGUACAAUUCUGCAGCUGAUGGUGCUGGAGAUGUUCUUUUGGAUCAGAACUUUGUGAAUGACAUGAACUCUUCUCCAUUAUAUGUUAGUCAUAAAGCCAAGCGUGUUCUUCAACGGGCUGUUUGGAAUGACACAUCUUUUCUCAAUUCAAUCAAUGUGAUGGAUUACUCCUUACUUGUUGGAGUAGAUUCUCAGAAGCGCGAGCUUGUCUGCGGGAUUAUUGAUUAUCUCAGGCAGUAUACAUGGGACAAGCAUCUUGAAACAUGGAUGAAGACUUCACUUGUUGUGCCUAAGAAUGUUUUGCCAACUAUAAUCUCUCCAAAAGAAUACAAGAAGAGGUUCAGAAAGUUUAUGUCUACAUAUUUUUUGAGUGUUCCAGAUCACUGGUGUUCUCAGAAAUCCCCUGUUCCUUGCAAACAUUGCUGCUCAGGGGAGGAAGAUGACUCUUCCCAACGAAAGGCCUAGCACAAGGGUUCCAGAUGGUUUAUCUGCCUAAAUUUUUUGAUUUGAUUUCUCAGAAGAAAUUAUACAAAUUGAUAGUUUUUGCAAUGUAUAUACAGUCAAUAUUGUUCAUACAACUAGCCCUGCUAUGCUGCAAUUUUUAGCAAAUUUCUGGGGAUAUCAUAUACAAAUUUUUAGCAUGCGAUGAGUCAAUUUUUUGUAAAGUGCCUAAGCAAAAUGUAAAGGUUCAUUUUGAAUGAAUGAGAAGUACAGUUCCUAGCUUA